AUGUUCAAAACUUGGGAUCACAUCGGCCAAUUCAUCAACACAGGGUUAUUGGCCCUCAUCGGCCCAUCAGCAGGCACCAUCAACUAUGGCCUGUUUGUAUUGUCGGGCCUCUCAGUGUUGGUAUUCCCUGCCAUCAAGGGACGAUCCCUUCCGGAGGGGAUGGGAUCGCUCGGGACGAAAGCUCUCCAUAUGCGUGCCAAGAUUGAUAAUCUAGAAUCUGAUUGUGUCAAGGCUCGACUUGACUCGGGGGCGGAUAUUACUCUUAUUUCUGAAGAAUUCUGGAAGUCCAUGGUGAAUUCCCCCCGUCUACGAGAAGGAAUGAGAAUGAAAUUAUAUCAUCUCACUGGAGGGGCCAAAGUCUUGGGAUAUAUCAAGACUGAGCUCUUCGUAGUAGCCCAAGACGAGUCGAUCGUUAGCUUUGAACUGGAAGCUUACGUCGUGAGGAAUAUGAACGUCCCUCUGCUAUUAGGAGAAGACUUCCAGACCACAUAUGAGCUAAGUGUUAUCAGGCAUGCCACGGGACUUUGUGAAGUAUUGGUUGGAAAGUCAGGGCGCGUGUUACCCGCCGCCUCAGCUCACAAUGUAGACCUAGGAUUCGAAAUCAGGGUGGCGCAUACCACCCAGUCCUUUAUUCGUAGGAAAGCCGUAACUCGUGCGAAACCAAAAGGCAGUGUGAAAAAGCUAACGGAAGUAACGGCCUCAGAAGAUACACUUAUCCAACCCUAUCACGUUCGAAAUGUCGCGGUAAACGCUGCCUUCGAAGGACGAGAAGAUUGGAUAAUAGAAAAGAUUAUCAUUGGAACGGACGAUCAAAACGUUAUGGCUGCUCCUACUACCUGGAUAAGCGCCUCAUGCCCUUACUUGCCGAUCACCAACACUGGACCGCAUCCGCGCCUCGUUAGAGUCGGAGAAGUAACAAACCCAAAGAUGAAGAUCAUCUCACUAAAAUGA